UUAGUUGGCAUGGAGGUCGAGAAUGCGAGCGCUGAGGAACCCCCCGCCGUCGCCGUCGCCGGAGAUGACGAUCAGGCCAGCUCGGUGCCGGUGGUGGUGGCGCCGCCGCUCCGCGAGGAGGUGAAGAGGCAGCUGCGUCUGGCCGGGCCGAUCGUCGCCGGCGCGCUUCUGCGCUACGUCAUCCAGAUGAUCUCCAUCAUGUACGUGGGGCACCUCGGCGAGCUCCCCCUCGCCGGCGCCUCCAUGGCCAACUCCUUCGCCACCGUCACCGGCCUCAGCCUCCUGCUUGGAAUGUCAAGCGCGUUGGACACUCUGUGCGGCCAAGCGUUCGGAGCCGAGCAGCACCGUCUCGUCGGCAUCUACGCGCAGCGCGCCGUGCUGCUGCUCACCGUCGUCAGCGUCCCGCUCGCCGUCGUCUGGUUCUACACCGGCGACAUCCUCCUCGCGCUCGGGCAGGACGCCGACAUCGCCGCGGAGGCCGGCGCCUACGCGCGGUGUAUGAUCCCGGCGCUGUUCGCCUACGGCCCGCUGCAGUGCCACGUCCGGUUCCUGCAGGCGCAGAACGUCGCGCUCCCGGUGAUGGCGAGCUCCGGCGCGGCGGCGCUGUGCCACCUGCUCGCCUGCUGGCUGCUCGUCUACGUCGCCGGCAUGGGCAGCAGGGGCGCCGCCCUGAGCAACGGCGUCUCCGGCUGGAUCAACGUGGCCAUCCUGGCCGUCUACGUGAGGGUGUCGACCUCGUGCAAGAAGACGUGGACGGGGUUCUCGGCGGAGGCCCUCCGCGACGCGCUCGCCUUCUUCAGGCUCGCCAUCCCUUCUGCUCUCAUGGUCUCCUUGGAGAUGUGGUCAUUCGAGGUCAUCGUUCUCCUCUCAGGCCGUCUUCCCAACCCAAAGCUGGAGACGUCCGCGAUAUCGAUCAGCUUCAACACUGCCGCCUUGGUGUGGAUGAUCCCCUUCGGCCUCAGCUGUGUCAUAAGCACCCGUGUGUCCAACGAGCUCGGCGCGGGGCGGCCGCACGCGGCGCGGCAGGCGGUGCGGGUCGCCGUGUUCAUGGCCGUCUCCGAGGGGUUGGUGGUAGGGCUAGUGCUGGUCUGCGUGCGCUACGUCUGGGGCCGUGCCUACAGCAACGAGGAGGAGGUUGUCAGAUAUGUGGCCAAGAUUAUGCUCCUCAUCUCGGUCGCCAGUUUCUUUGACGGGAUACAAUGUGUCCUUUCAGGUGUGGCUAGAGGCUGCGGAUGGCAGAAAUUUGGAGCUUGUGUCAACCUUGGAGCCUACUAUGCUGUCGGCAUUCCUUUGGCUUACGUCAUAGCUUUCGUCUUACAUGUCGGCGGAAUGGGCCUCUGGCUUGGCAUCCUCUGUGGCAUCUUGGUGCAAGUCGUGCUACUCAUGGCGAUCACGCUAUGCACAAAUUGGGAUAAAGAGGUUGCAAAUGCAAAGGACAGGGUCUCCAGUUCUCCUCCUCCUCCUUCAGACGCAACGUAAAUUUUAUGGAGGUCAUAGUUGCAUAUGUGAUAAGAUAGUAGCACAUUUUUAUUGUUCCAUAUUAUCAUAUGUCUUGGUGCUCCGGUUCGAAUGAACUGGAUACGUAUAUAUAAGAUGAAGCUAGGCAGAACAAAAAAAAUAUCUGAAAAUAUGAAAUGGACUGAGUUGUUAUAGAGAAGCAAUGUUGAUCAUGUUUCUCUAGGUGAGAUGGUAAAAUUUAGUAAGCAGAUCCGACAGCUUAAGCUGCUUGUGCAUAUUGCUACGUAUGUAAAUAUAUCAACUCCUCAAAUUUGUCAAACGCAUCUCCAACAGUAUGUCUAGUAGACUCU